CAGGCUGGAAAGUCACAGGCUCCUCCUCCUUCCCCUCCAGAGAGGCUGUGUGUGUGUGUGUGUGUGUGUGUGUGUGUGUGUGUGUGACAGAGAGAGCGGCGUGAGCCUGUGUGCUUGUGUGCUGAGUGCUGAGCCCUCAUCCCCUCCUGGGGCCAGGCUUGCGUUUCACCUGCUGAAUCGCUUGUGCUGGGCUGCCUGGGCUGUCAGUGGUGCCUGCAUGAAGCUGCUCUGGCUGCCAGAGCUGGACAGCCCCAGGAAAACCCACCUCUCUGCAGAGCUUGCCCAGCCGUCCCUGGGAAGCCAGCUGCCUCUCACGUAAGUCCUCCGCUCGACGGGGUGUCUCUAAACCCUCACUCUUCAGCCUCUGUUUGACCAUGAAAUGAAGUGACUGAGCUCUAUUCUGUACCUGCCACUCUAUUUCUGGGGUGACUUUGUCAGCUGCCCAGAAUGUCCAAGCCAGGCUGGUUCUCUGCAUCCUUUGAAUGACCUGUCUUCUUCUGUAACCACAGGUAAGAAAGGUGCCCAAGGCUUAUGUUGCGGGUGGCAUGCAUGUGGAGAGAUUGUGGAUGUGGGGUCAAAGAAAUACUAGCAGUUUCUGGGUACUCAGGAGAAAUACUAGCAGUUUCUGGGUAGCAGUUUCUGGGUACUUAUGUCGGAAUGCUGGAUGUCACCUGCUCCUAGAAAUAUUUUAGUCUCCUGGUUGUCCCUGCUGAGGCUGUCCACAGCCAGGUGACGAUGAACACCUCCUGGCUAGGAUGGCUAGCCCAGUCUCAGGAAUAGUGGCUUUAUUAUACUGUAUCUGCUCCUAUGUCUUUAUUACUGCUGUCUGUUCUUUUGUUCAUUUAUUUAUUCAUUCAGUAAAUUGUCUAUGUGCUUUAAAAGGGCUAAAAGACACCAAUGCUAUUUACUCACUUAGAAGGCAAAUACCUUCCAAGGUUCUUCAAGUUCUUUACAGCUGGGCUUGUUCCAAGGCUGGCGUUUGUGAAGUGGAUUCCUCCAUCAGCUGGUGUGGUAGUUCAGAUGACCUUCCAGAUCCCACCCAACCUUGAGAUGUUAAACUUCUGUGAUUGAGCAAAGCAGAUAUAAAAGCUAGAAAUAUACCCUCUAGCCCCUAAGCACCUCUAGUGAAUUUAUUGGGAAGAAGAAACAGUACCAGUUUCUCUAAUGGAGGGGCUUCUUUGGGAGUGUAGUGUUGCCAGUUGUGAAAAAGCUGAGACCCGUAUGCUUGGGGAGGUUCUGGACGGUAGAAAGGAACCAGAUGGGAUGGAAGCAGCCUUUCGGGAGAAGGAAGUAUUAGUAAAAAGAGGAGAAUGUGGGCUGGUGGGUGGGAAGUUGAAAACAGCAGUAGUAGAAUCAUGGGCAGGGAAGUGAGCUCAAAUCACCUUGACUUCCAUAGAACCAGGUUUCAAGCAGGCUAGAGAUGCUGCAGUGAGUGUGGGGGUGGGGUGGGGGUGGCUGGCACUGGUGUACAUGAGCAGCGACACAAGCCCAAUGGGGACACUGAUGUCCGAGCACUUUACAUAUGCAAUCUCUUUUACAUAGGCUUCUCUGUACACCCCAUUCACCUAGACCCACUUUACAACCAGGGACCUCAUUCCAUUCUCUCCUCUUCCCCAAAUCUGCCAAUCCAGCCACUUAGAGGGUCAAAGUGUGCAGCUCUUUUUCUUUUGACAUCUUCCUAACCAGAGGUGGAAGUUCCCUCUAAUUACUGUCAAUCACCUGGAACAAUUCCUCCUUUGGUUUCCAGUGAUAAGUUAAAUGAAAUGAUAUAGUGGGCUCAUCACAGGGGGUGCAGAUUUGAGGCAUCUUGCUGGGAAUACAUCCUCUAGAGUCACCGCAUCUUAUUUGCACAUUCUUCUGGGGGGUCCAGGGUGGCUCUCCUUGGAUCUCUACAUGAUGCAAUUUUAGUAUGCCUGGAUUCCUAUCCUCACUAAUGGAGAAAAAAAAUCUCCUUUUAAAAAAAUGCACUUGGUUAAAAGGUGAAACACAUGAUAGCUUUGGAAUUUGCAACGAUAUUGAUUGGCUGGAUAAGAAAGUGAAUCUGCACUAGAGGAACCUCCUAGAAUCUGGGAUCCAGGUGGACCUAGCUUUGGGGUGAGGUGCCUGUUCCCUCUCCUCACUUGUCCUCAACAGACCUCAGUCCUGAUGGCGGCUUAACAAUGACAGACACAGUGCUAGGGUCUACAGAACACAGGUGAGUACUGGCUGAGUUGCUUAUAUGAAAUUGCCCCCCUAGUUAACACCACAUUAUAAUUUAUCACAUUCUAGUUUCGAAGCUAAAGAUCUUAGCUUGAAUCUCAGCUUCAUCACUUUUUAUCUAUGUGGCUUUGGUCAACUUCUCUGAAUAUCAGUUUUUUUCUUUUUAACUUACAUGAAAGAGAUAAUAAUAUCUCUUCCCCACACCCUCCUAGGGGUCAUGUGAGGCCCAAAUAGGUCAAAGCUGCAAAAGUACUUUGUAAAUCUGAAAAAAACAUAAAUGCAUGGUGUUCUUAGGAAGACCUUUUAGGAAUUAACAUCAGGGGGGAUUCUGAAAUCCUCAUUCCCUGCACCAAAUCAGCCCUGUGUUCUAAUAUCUAGCAAAAACUUUAUGCCUGUAUGAAAGUAGACAUAAGCCAUGGAAUUUCACAACUCUUCUUUAUUUUAACUAGCAAAUGAAACUUCUAGAUGGCACUGAGUCACAUGUAAAUGGGCAUGAGAUCUUUGAGGAUCUUAAAUCCUCCAGGGUAGAAAGGAUGAAAGAGACAAGAGACAAGGAACCAGAAUGGCAGCUUUGUGAUUAUCAGGUGUUUGAAUGAUUGUGGAGAGCAGAGAAAAAACCUCACCUCCUCUGCAGUUUCCCCUGGGUAUUAACGAAAUUUAAUCUCUGAUGACAACACUAGGGUCUCUAAACUCAAGUCAACCCAACUCAAGCAUCUCUCAGACGCUGAUGCAGAUUCAGACUCCGGGAAGAGCUUCCCAAUGUGGAGAGUUGUAAAAAGCCUGGAAAGGAUGCCUUGGGGAACUUGGGACCUCCCUGGAUGGCUUUGGAAGCAAUGGGGCUAAAUGAAUAAAAUCAUGCCCCACAUUAGGGGUGGAUGAGUGGAUGAGACUCUAGCAUUUUCCUUCCUUUUGGUUCUUCUCUAUUCAAGUUCACUCAGUUCCCUGUCCCUGGUGCCUGGCACACUGUUGGCCCUGAUGAAGAAUGAGGCAGUACAUUCUCUUACAGUCCAAGCAUGAAACAACAACAACAUCACAAAAUGAAUGAGGUAGUGGAAAGAUAAACAAAGAAAAGAGUCAACAAUCACACUAUGAGUGCAAAUGUUUGACGCCGUGCUGCUCCCCAAAUUAAGUGACAAGCCUUGGUCUCCUUCUUCAGGCUCUCGAGCCCUCCUCCUGCCCUGGGUACCUUUUGCAGGUGGCUCUGAAUACGUGGAACCCACAAAGUGGGCUGGGGCUUUGCUUGGGGCUGGAGGGAAGAGGUGAAUAAGAUACAGUGGUCACCCUUAAGGAGCGACCUCACGACAGGAAGUUCCACUUUUCUCUGAAAGCCCCCAUUUAACCUUUGAGAUCAAUGUGGCAAUCCCAUUUCCCGGGCCUCAGCCCUAAGGUGAUUCCAGAUGAACACAGCUGACUUUUAAAAAAAUUAUUAUUGUGGUAAAAUAUGCGUAACAUAAUUUACCAGUGUAACCAUUAUUAAGUGUAUAUACUUCAUCGUGUUAAGAACAUUCACAUUGUUGUGCAGACAUCACCACUGCCCAUCUGCAGAUUUUUUCAUCAUCCCAAACUGAAAUUCUGCACCCAUUGAACAACAGCCCCUCACUCCCCUCGCCCUAGCUCCUGGCACCCCCCCAUGCUACUUUCUGUCUCUAUGAAUUUGACUAUUCUAGGAACCUCCUAUAAACAGAAUCACAAUGUCUUUGUCUUUUUGUAACUGGCUUAUUUUACUUAGCAUAAUGUCCUCAAGGUUCAUCCGUGUUGUAGCAUAGAUCAGAAUUUCUGUCCUUUUUGAGGAUAAAUAAUAUUCCAUUGUAUGGAUAGACCACAUUUGUUUAACCAUUCAUCUGUCGCUGGAUACCGGAGUUGCUUCCACUUUUUACACAGCUGAUUGAUGAACUGCACUGCAUUCUGACGGAAGAGUGGAGUCAAAUCUACAGAGUUUGGUGGUCUGCUUGGGGGAAGUCCCUUGGGGACAAGCCCCUGCACCUUCGAGGGCCAGAGAUCCCAGACCCUGCCACUGCGGUUCACCCGAGCCACAGAAGCUGCUGAUGCCCAGGCUGGGGUUUGGUGGUGAGAGGAAGCCUCGCAGAAUCCAGCAGCAGCUCUGCUGGGGACAUGGUCUGAGGUGCAACCCACAGUGAAGCCCUGACCUGACCUCCUGAUGCUCAGGGGAAGCCAUGGGCCCCUCCCGUCCUGCGUUCCUGUCCUUCACAAAGCUCAGUCUGUGGUGGCUCCUUCUGACCCCAGCAGCAGGUGGAGAGGAAGCCAAGCGCCUACCUCCCAGGGCUCCUGGAGACCCCCUCUCCUCUCCCAGUCCCACGGCGUUGCCGCAGGGAGGAUCCCAUACCCAGGCUGAGGACCGGCUCUUCAAACACCUCUUCCGGGGCUACAACCGCUGGGCGCGCCCGGUGCCCAACACUUCAGACGUGGUGAUUGUGCGCUUCGGACUGUCCAUCGCUCAGCUCAUCGACGUGGAUGAGAAGAACCAAAUGAUGACCACCAACGUCUGGCUAAAACAGGAGUGGAGCGACUACAAACUGCGCUGGAACCCCGCCGAUUUCGGCAAUAUCACAUCUCUCCGGGUCCCUUCUGAGAUGAUCUGGAUCCCCGACAUUGUCCUCUACAACAAUGCAGAUGGGGAGUUUGCAGUGACCCACAUGACCAAGGCCCACCUCUUCUCCACGGGCACUGUGCACUGGGUGCCCCCGGCCAUCUACAAGAGCUCCUGCAGCAUCGACGUCACCUUCUUCCCCUUCGACCAGCAGAACUGCAAGAUGAAGUUCGGCUCCUGGACUUAUGACAAGGCCAAGAUCGACCUGGAGCAGAUGGAGCAGACGGUGGACCUGAAGGACUACUGGGAGAGCGGCGAGUGGGCCAUUGUCAAUGCCACGGGCACCUACAACAGCAAGAAGUACGAUUGCUGUGCCGAGAUCUACCCUGAUGUCACCUACGCCUUUGUCAUCCGGCGGCUGCCACUCUUCUACACCAUCAAUCUCAUCAUCCCCUGUCUGCUCAUCUCCUGCCUCACCGUGCUGGUCUUCUACCUGCCCUCUGACUGCGGCGAGAAGAUCACGCUGUGCAUCUCGGUGCUGCUGUCGCUCACCGUCUUCCUGCUGCUCAUCACCGAGAUCAUCCCGUCCACCUCGCUGGUCAUCCCGCUCAUCGGCGAGUACCUGCUGUUCACCAUGAUCUUCGUCACGCUGUCCAUCGUCAUCACCGUCUUCGUGCUCAAUGUGCACCACCGCUCCCCCAGCACCCACACCAUGCCCCGCUGGGUGCGGGGGGCCCUUCUGGGCUGUGUGCCCCGGUGGCUUCUGAUGAACCGGCCCCUGCCAUCCUUGGAGCUCUGCCACCCCCCAGGCCUGAAACUCAGCCCCUCUUAUCAUUGGCUGGAGACCAACAUGGAUGCCGAGGAGAGGGAGGUGGUGGUGGAGGAGGAGGACAGAUGGGCGUGUGCAGGUCACGUGGCCUCCUCUGUGGGCACCCUCUGCAGCCACGGCCACCUGCACUCCGGAGCCUCAGGUCCCAAGGCUGAGGCUGUGCUGCAGGAGGGUGAGCUGCUGCUGUCACCCCGCAUGCAGAAGGCACUGGAAGGCGUACACUACAUUGCCGACCACCUGCGGUCAGAGGAUGCCGACUCUUCGGUGAAGGAGGACUGGAAGUACGUCGCCAUGGUCAUUGACAGGAUCUUCCUCUGGCUGUUUAUCAUCGUCUGCUUCCUGGGGACCAUCGGCCUCUUUCUGCCUCCAUUCUUAGCUGGAAUGAUCUGACUGCACCUCCCUCAAGUUGGCUCCCAGGGCACCCCCGCUGGCCAUCUUUUGACCAUCUCUGCUGCAGCUGCUUCUAGUGUCCUCUUUGGGGUGAGCAGGUGUCUCUCUGCGGAGUCUGGACACUGACCCAGGCAUUGCAGGCUUCCAUCCAGCUUAACAUUAUUGUACCAGGGCUGAGAGCCUGCUGGGUGCAGACUCCUGUUUUGGAUACUGAGGAGCUAGGGAAGCUCUGCAGAAGGUCACAAUAGUGUGGUGACCAAGUGGGGCAGAGUAAGAUUCUCCUGGAGGAGCAGUGCAGACCCUAAGUGACAGAAGGGUCAACCAGGGGGACAGUGGGGCCAGGGUGACAAGGAAGGGAAUGCAGACCUCAAAGGAGGGGCCAUGGGGGCAAAGGGGAGGGUUCCUUGGGGGUGGAAGGGCUCUGAACAAUGUUUAGACUUGGGAAUGAGCCCGAAGUGCCAGGGAGAACAGCCAGGUGAGGUAGGAGGUUGGAGAGCCAGGUGGGGUCUCUCUCAGCCAGGCUGGGGAUGAAGUUCGGAGUCUGUCCGAGUUGCAGGGUGCUGAGCUGUACGAUCCAGCAGGGGAGUAAUAAGGGCUCUUCCGGAAGGGGAGGAAGCGGGAGGCAGGGCCUGCACCUGAGGUGGAUGUGCAGGGCAGAUCUUCCCUACCGGGGAGGGACGGAUUGUUGGAUACAGGUGGCUGGGCUAUUCCAUCCAUCUGGAAGCACAUUUGAGCCUCCAGGCUUCUCCUUGACGUCAUUCCUCUCCCUUCCUUGCUGCAAAAUGGCUCUGCACCAGCCGGCCCCCAGGAGGUCUGGCAGAGCUGAGCCAUGGCCUGCAGGGCCUCCAUAUGUCUGUACAUGCGCAGCGGGCAAACGUGAAAGCCCAUCCUGAGCUGCUCCUGACCCAACUCAAACUCAUCUCGUUCGGCCUGUCCUCCCUCCCUCCCUCCGCCCUCCUUCCUCCCCAGGAACCCUGUUCCCUGUGCCUGGCUCCAUCAGCAUGAGGCCUCACUUGGGAGUUGAAGAUCUUUGCCUUUAGUUCCUUUGAUUCUGAAAUUCUCAAGGGCAGGACCUCUGCCUGUUAUUUUUCCCAUCCCCAGCACCUAGCACAGCACCGGGUGAGUGGGUCAGCACUUAAGGCGUUUGUUCUGAGUGGCUGAGGGGAGCAAGCUGGAUUGUUUGGGCCCCAGGACUGCUAUGUAGAUGGCAAAGCUGUGAUCCCAUCCCUUAUCAGCCUGGCCCGUCUCUCCCAGAGCCCCAGGGUGUGUUGACCUGCUCUGAACCCCUCAGAGCCGCCUGUGUGUGCACUUUGGAAGGCACCACCCCAAAGCCUGAGGCUGCACCCGGGAUCCCAGGCCUAGCUGCUGCUCCUGGGAUCGGGCAGCAAACCUCUCCCCAGCUCUGUCCAGACCAGAGGGUGGGACCUUGGCAGCUAACAGAUGUGGGCACUGGCUUCUUGGGACAGUGUGGAGGCUCCAGGCAGGAAGCCGACCAGGGCGAGCUUCCAGUUUCCUUUUGGUCCUAGGGGUCCCCUCCUUCCAAACCCCGAAUAUCUCUCCCUGACACUCCCAGCCUGCCUGUGACACCCUGGCCCACGCCCUGCCAUGCCUCAUUCCUCUCCCACUAUCCCCUGCUCAUGGCCCAUCUGGUUUCUGUCUCCUGUCUACUCCUAUGCAUGCAGCCCCCAGCCUCCCCUCUCCUCCCGCUUGCUCUCCGGAGGCCUCAGGCUCCCAGACCCACUCUCCUGAGACAGUGAGGUUCACUCCUGUUGUCCACAUCUCCCAUCCGUCUUGCAUGUGAAUAAAGAGAUUAAAUAAAGCUGCACCUACUGCUUACUCAA